UUGUGCGUGUUAACAUAAAUACUGCCAACGUAUGAUUUACCUUGAUAAGAAUAAUCGUGGUGGCAUGGUGGCAUGCACGUUAAACGCACGAAAAUGUUCUGAUAAGAUAUCACCGACGAUUCCGGCGCACAGUUUUUUUUCAGGGUAAAUACGUUACAAUAACAUGGACAUGACAGGGAGAAACGUCGUCGAAUGGACAUGCUUCGAUGUAAAGAUAUGGCUUGAGAAAAAUGGUUAUGAGGAAUACGCAGAUUUAUUUUACUUUCAUGAAAUUGAUGGAAAAGUGCUGUUGACUUUAAAAGAGGAAGACUUAAAAUCAAAUAUUAUGAACAUAAAGAAGAUGGGUACUAUAAAAAAAUUAUAUCUCGCUAUAAAGCAAUUACAGAGGGAUAAUGUUGCUGUUCUAUUUGAUUUGGGAUAUAUGGAUCUGUCUCCUUCGCCAAAUUUUUAUACUCAACAGAAUAAACAUGAGAUGCCCAGUAUUGGUACAAAUUAUGAAGCGUCCAUAGAGCAUGAGUUUUAUUCAGCUUCUGUAUCGGAGGACGGACAUGCUUCUCAUUUACCACCUGAAAUUUGGAAAACAGUUAUUAGUUUGGGAUAUUUGUUUAUCGUCACAUGGAUUACUGCCUUUGUGAUGGUUAUUGUCCACGACAGAGUGCCUGAUAUGAAAAAAUAUCCUCCAUUGCCAGACAUAUUUUUAGACAAUGUACCUCAUAUCCCCUGGGCAUUUGAUAUGUGUGAAGUUACUGGAACAUUGCUUUUUGCAAUAUGGCUCAUUGUGCUUAUAUUUCACAAGUAUAGAUUCAUUUUACUACGGCGGUUUUUUGCACUGUCGGGCACAGUCUUCCUGCUGAGAUGCGUAACAAUGCUCAUUACUUCGUUAUCGGUGCCGGGUGCGCAUCUACAAUGCCAACCGCGCAAAGUUCCAGAUGAAGAUUGGUCAAGUGCUGCAUAUGUCGAGUUGUAUAAUAAAAUAGCAAUGGCUUAUGUUAUUUGGCGAGGUGCUGGUAUGUCUAUUCAAGGUGUCAGAACUUGUGGAGAUUAUAUGUUUAGUGGGCAUACAGUAGCAUUAACUAUGCUUAAUUUUUUCAUCACGGAAUAUACCCCGAGAAACUUGUAUUUUCUGCAUAUUUUCACAUGGAUGCUCAAUAUGUUUGGUAUUUUCUUUAUCUUGGCGGCGCAUGAACAUUACUCCAUUGACGUUUUCGUAGCGUUUUAUAUAACUUCCCGAUUGUUCCUUUAUUAUCAUACUCUGGCGAAUAAUCAAGCAUUGAUGCAGCGUGACUCGAAUAGAACCAGAAUCUGGUUUCCGUUAUUUAGUUUUUUUGAAGCGUCCGUUGAUGGUAUUGUUCCUAAUGAAUACGAAUCACCGUCCUUGAUAGUUUGCAAUUUGGUGGGCACAGGAAAGAACAUUUGGCAAUGCAUACGGUCUUGGAUUUAUCUCCGAAAAACGCAAUGCAACAUAAACGGCAACUUAAGCAGCACAAAGAAAGAACGCUAAUGUCGAACCAGUUCUUUUUUUUCUCUUUUUUGUUAUUUCUAUGUGUAUUGUAUUUUUAAGAUAAAUAUGCAAUGCGGAAGACCCUUCAUUGAUUUCUCUUGCUCGAUUGUGAUUAUAUAUAUAUAUAUAAAAACGUGAUAGAUAUAUGAAAAAUAGAUAUAUGAAUUCAAAAAAAGUGAUUCUAUGCUAUAUAUUUAUCUUUUAAUAAUAUUGACUAUUUAUUUGACAAAUCCGUUUAUACGCUAAAGUAAUAUUGAGCGAGAUGUAAUAUUGAUUCUAAAUAUUUAUUUUUGCGAUAUGGUUAUAUACAUUACGAUACCGAAAGAGAUUAAAAUAAUAUUUAAUAUAGUUAAUUAUAUAUAAUAUGGUUAAAACUUCUAUUAACAUAGAAGUUAUGCAUAUAAUAAUUUAUUUAUUAAGAAGAGAGCCUCCAAAGACAGAUCAUAGUGUAUAAAAUAUUAUGCUAAGGUUCAAAAUAUUAUGCUAAGGUUUAGCAUGCGUUUUCCAAGCAUGUUGUAUCAUCUAUAAGACUUUCUUAUUUUUUUAUAAUUGUAUAUAUACCAUUGUCCAUAUAACAUUGCUCAUAUGUGAAUACUUUUGUUUCCUUUUUUUAUAAUACAGAAAGAAAGUUGUAUCAAGGAA